UUGAAAGGGCACAAAUUAAGGUCUAGUGUGUGUUGGUACGAAUCUGUGGAAUAGUCCGACUUUUCUUGAAUCAUGGACGCUGAAAAUGCACUGAAGCUGAUAAAAUUCACCUCAACAGUAGCCACGGGUGUUAUAGCUGGCGGUGCAAUCUACAUCAACCUUGCAGAGCAUCCUGCAAGAAUGCAACUUGAUGAUGUUCAAUCGCUUCAUCGCCAAUGGCGAGAGAGCUUCGAUCGAGCGAAGUACUUGAUGGCCGGGACAUCGCUGCUGCCGAUUGCUGGAGGAAUAGCAGCAUUUGCUAUCGAUCAGAGCAAAGGGAAACCUUGGCUGAUUACUGCCGGGCUGAUGGCAUUCAAUAUGCCGUACACAGCUCUCGCCAUGAAGUCGCGCGUCAUCGAUCCCAUUUAUGAUUAUGAAGUUGCUGCAAAGAUGGAUCCCGGAAAAGUGAGAGACACUGUGGAUAAAUGGAACACUUUUCACAAAGUCCGCACCAUAAUAGAUGUGUCUACACUGGCCUGGUGUGUGUACAAUCUUGUUUACAACAAAAUGGGGUUUGAUUUGGACGACUUGUUUCCUUAUCUCGAGGUCAUUUCCACCGUUGCAGCGGGUAUGUUUGUCGGAGGUGCGGUGUACAUCAAUGUUGUUGAACAUCCCGCCCGAAUGACGAUUCAAGAUACUACAUCUUGUCACAACGAGUGGAUGGAAAGUUUCGAUCGAGCGAAGGUUUUCCAGAGUCGCUUGGCGUUAGUCUCUAUAAUUUCUGGAGCUGGUGCAUACUACUGUAACCCAAAAAAGGGUCUUCCUUUCCUUGUCGGAGGAGGUCUGAUUGCAACGAUCUUCCCGUAUACGCUGUUCGUUCUGAAACCAAACUCGAUUGACCCCAUUUACGACAAAGAAGUGACAGCCAGAAAGAGUGAGAGUGUCGUAAGGGAAACCAUAGACAAGUGGAACAGCUAUCACAUGGUCAGAAGCAUUAUUACCUUUCCAGUUUUUGUGGGAUACGUCUUGUACCUUUCCAGUGGCCAUAAAAAGUUCUGGUGAAGAUGGGGACAAAUUGUGACAGUCACAUGACAUCAUAUAUAUAUUAUGUUAUGAAGUAGUUAGUUUUAUUACAAUCGAAGUAUGAAUCUCUUUCACCUAUGUAACCUGCGGGCGUAUCGUUUAUUGAAACAAAAGGGGGAUUUUACUUAUUUUCUUAAAUUCACAA